AUUUCUAGAUCCAUCCAUCCUGUUAUAAAUGGAACUGGUUUGCUGCAAAAACCACACUAACCCAAACCAAACUCAAAUCAAUUUCUAAAGAUUCCCCUUCUCACCAUUGAUCUAUUGCAAAGUUCUCUCAGCCUUUUUAGGAGAUCGAACCGAUUAGUUGAUGAUUGAUCAUAUAUAGCACUCAUGUCUGGUGUAAAUCAUAAGAGUGGUAAAGAUCAUACAGUUAUCGAUAUUAAUGACAAGAACUGCAUCUUCAGAGUUCCUAAUGUGCUCCGGAGACAAAAUCCAGAAGCAUAUACACCUGACGUUGUUUCAAUCGGACCUUUUCAUCGUUAUCGAGUAAAGCGAGGCAAAGAGGAAGGUAAAGGAGGCAAAGAUGACAAAGAAGGCAAAGGUGAGGAAGAUUUUCAACUCAUAAAACAAGUGAAAAGGAGAUAUUUGAAUGAAUUUCUCACAGGUAUAAAGAAUAUAACUUUGGAAGAGUUGACUACAGAAGUCAUUAAGCUCUCAGAUCAAAAGAAUGAAGGCGAAUUUGAGCAACGCGCGCGCGAUUUUUAUGCAGAAUCACUUCAUAUUUCCACUAAAAAGUUCAUCAAGAUGAUGAUAGUUGACGGUUGCUUCCUAAUUCAACUGUUUCGGAAGUGUGACGAUGAGAAACUCAGGGCCUUUGAUGACCCGGUGUUCAACAUGGACUGUAUGUUUCAUUUCCUAUGCCAUGACAUUUUGCUCCUAGAAAAUCAACUACCUUGGUUUGUUAUCCACAGUUUGUAUAGCCUUAUCUCUAAAGAAUACCCUAAUCAAGCCUCCCUCUCUUUUCUCGUCCUUGAAGUCUUCAGCACGCUACCAUCACUGAAGCAUAGUUGCUCAAACUAUCAAACGCAUCUCCGGACAAAAGAGAGACACUGUGAUGCUGAUUUUCUGCACAUACUUGAUCUGGUAAGAGCUUCUAUGGUUAAUCCAUUAACUAUCAUAGAUGUGAGAGCAAAUGAAGCAGCUAGAAAACACGAGAGAGGCAAUAAAGCUGUUCAUGAAGACCCAGAUAAAAAUCAAAUCCGUACCGCAACCGCUCUCUCAAAGGCAGACAUUAAAUUCAAAAACGUCGAAACGGAUAGCAAUCAUAGCAUAAUGGACAUCCAAUUCAAAGCGGGUGGGUGGUUCAACAAUGGGAUUCUUGAAAUUCCACAGCUAAAUGUUGGAAUGUCAUCGAAAACAUUAUUCAGGAACCUUAUUGCAAUUGAGCAAUGCUACCAUGGUUAUUCAAACGCGAUUACAUCUUAUGCCAUCUUUAUGGAUAACCUCAUCUCUUCAAAUGAAGAUAUGGAAUUACUUCGCAUGGAAAAAGUAAUAGGUAACUGGAUGAGUGAUGAAGAUGGUUGUAAGUUUUUCAGCGACCUUUACAAGGAUAUCGCGCACAAGAAGUUCUACUAUGUUGAUCUGUGCGAACAACUGAAUUAUCGUUACAGAUUGAAACGGUAUACAUGGUUGGCUUCACUCAAGAGUGAAAAAUUUUCUAACCCCUGCAGAAUUUUGGCUUUCGCGAUGGGCAUUUUCAUUUUGAUUCUCACCGCGUGGAGUCAGAUAAACAACAUUCGGGUUAACAUGCACAAGUGAAGUUUUACUAGCUAGCUAGUUAUUCUCAAUUGCCUUCGUUUCUCACUUUCUUCGUGUGUGGCUGUUGUUGUUUUUGGGAUAUUUGAAUGUACCUUUUAUAUAUAUCAUUUUAAUUACCUUUUUUUUUUUUUGGUUAACAUCAUUUUAAUUACCUUGA